AUGGAUCCGGAUGAAACCUGGAUGAAAUCAAAUGCAUCCCUUCAAUGUAUGACCAAAAAAGGAAUCCUUUUCUACCAAAAGGGACCUCUUUUGGUUCUCUUCAAAGGAAAACACUAUCUUCGGCCAGACUGGGGAUACAAAGGGAUGCAAUUUAAUGCAUCCAGGAUACAUUUGGAUGUGUUUUCCAACUGUACAUGCACACAACUGAGGUAUUCAGCAACCUUUGCUCAUUAACAAAAGCGUUCCUUUAUCGGAUUUUCAAUUUGAAAAGUGCUUUUUCCAGAUCAUUUAUUACGGGAUCCAAUUCCACGGACCAGUCUCUCUUUCAUCCGGUGGUGUUCGUUCCCUCAACGUUGCCAAGAAAUGAUCUGCUACUUCUUCGGUUCGCUUGUAAAUUUGCUAAUCUUUCUGUUCAUGACAUCAAAUUGCUGUAAAUACUCGAAGAAACUCCAGACCAAAAAGGGAAAUAAUCGUAUGAUUUUUCUUCCAUUUUUGGCACUUUCCUUAAUUUUUCGAGAAAGAAAAUUUUUUUGUUAGAUGGUCGUAAUAAGAAAAAGCCCAGUGCAAAAGUCGAGGUGACUGAACAUCUUUCAAUUCACGGUACUCACAAUGAUGAGGACUUGGAAUUCCCAAACAUUACGGUUAGCACGGAAAGGAAGCGAAAGAAGGCACCGAUUCCGGACGAGAAGAAAUUGUCCACUAUGGUAAGUGUAAUGUACAAUAUAGUCCUUAUGUCGUGGCGCGUAAUCAAUCAUAUCCCCGCGCGGCGGGAUAAGAGAGAUGCGCACCCCGAUUUCCCCAGUUGGCUUGUAUUGUAGGCUCCGCAUACGGACGCGUAUACGGAGGGUCUCCUCAAUAAAGUAUUGAGUACAAACGCCUUCGGAUUGUAUAAGGUUUUCAAGCGACUGAGAACCAGGGUCUAGGGUAAAUACCUACCCACAACACUUACAAUACCUCCAAUUGGAGUGCCUCUAAUCCCAAAAACGUUUUUGGGGAAACAUUUUUUCGAUUUUUUUUGCAAAAUCUUUAAAAUUUUCUGAAAAAAUGCUGUCAUAAAAAAUUUUGAUCUGUCAUACGCUAAUGUUAGCUAGAAUUCAACAUUUAUUUUCUUCCAUUUUCAGAUACUGUCUUACAAAGUUUCACCUCAUUUUAGGAGACCCAGCAAUCCGAUGCCGAAACCAAAGGAUUCGAAAAAGUAUCCAUUACGGACCAGAUUUUUACUCCAAAAAAAGCAACGCCCAAGGCAGCUAAAAAAGUCCCUUCCGAAAAAGAAAAGUCGUCACAAAACCAGAAGAAAUCUCAAUCCAAGAAAUCAGUUCGGAAUGAUGUAAGUUACCAAAAAUCCCAAAGAAUUCAUUGGAAAUUGAUGAAAAUUUGGCAAUUUGUUGAUGCAAGAUAUAUCACAGAGUAUGUUGCACAUGUUUAUCUUGAUUACUCUCCAAAUUACUAGCUCUAUCUGACAGUAGUUUGGACAAUAAUCAACAUAAACUGCAAUAUUAAAUUUUCUCGGACUUCCCAAAUAUUUUUUACAUAUAACGCUAACCUCAAAUAGUAUAUAUGGGCAGAAUAUGACUCGAUCGAACUACUGAAGUCGCUUUUAUACCAUCCACCCACCUUUUACUACGCAUUUUGACCAAUUGUUUUGUCUGAUCGGCAAAUUAUCGCUGAUUUUUUGAUUUAUUCUCGAUUUUUUCCUCAAUUAACCAAUAAAUUUGGGCCCACUUCCGAGUCAUAAUGGGGGAUUAUGCCGUCAGAUAUGUGAAUUAUCGAAUUUUCGCGGUUAUAAACUGAUUACCACGCGUUUUCGGGCGCAUUUUCCGCUCGAUUACCUCGACUUUUAAUGGAGAAUAUUUUUGGAAGCAAAAAUAUUUAUGAUUUCGGCACGUAAUAAAAAGAAGUUUUACGUUUCGAACACUUUGUAAUUUAUGAAUCUUUUUCAGAAAGAGGAUAGUCUCAAGGAAGGGCCAACUCAAAACACCAAGACUUCUGAAGAUGUAAUAUAA